UGCCUGCUUAUACCACAAUCUAUGUGAAGCUGCACUUGGUAAGAGGACCGAUGUCGGGGGAGCUCUUACAUUGUUACAGCUGUGGGCUUUGGAGAGAAUCCCAAUUAUUAGACCGCAGAUGCUGAACCCCACGCCCGUAGACUACUUACCAUGUGCAGUCGCGUAAGUUGUCCACUAAUUACUUUUUUAAGCAUAAUUGUUAUUGAUUUUUGUGUUGUUCGCUCAUAAUUUAAUUUUUGUAGGUGGACUGGUCGGGCCUCUUAUGUAAAAGCACCCGGACAUUGCAUUGAAACUUUCAGAGAUCAGUUCUCAACAAUGCAUGCCAAUCAGUUUAUUUGGAGGCCGUACGUCAAUCGAAAUCUGGCGGAUAUUUGUGUUGCCGGUCGUCCUAUAUGGACGUCGAUGACAACACUAAUCUGCUGGAAUAUGGUUGAGCCACACAUGCCACAGCGAGUGCUGCGACAGUUUGGGAUUGUCCAACCGUAUAUCCCGCUUGUCGACCGGUUCCACGGAACUGAUUUUACGAAACAGGAUCGCCGUGGCAAAGCAGGUCGGAACUGGGUUGAGUGGCACGCCAAGCAUAUACAAGAUUGGCAUAAUAGGCACGACACGGUGUAUGUUGAUUUGGAGUACUCAUUCGAGCCUGUUGCUACUGAUGAGUACAUGGAUUGGUUUCGCCGGAUAACCGUGGUGUACCUAACAAAACCCGGCGUGCAUGCUCCUGAGGGCUUCCAUGAAACGGCGGCCUCUCAUCACUACGCGGUGGAUACCCUUCACAAAAUACGCCACUUUCUUAGGGAGCAAGACAUGUCAGGACGGCCGGAUUUAUUCACCAUUUCGAGGAUGGUUGAACAUGGCCUCCAGAUAUGUGGGGAAGCUGAGACGAUGGACUACCGUCCUUCCCAGCGCUCUGAGAUGGACAUCGAGGUGCCCGUGCGGCAAAAAGCGAAGCGGCGUGGAAAGAAGAAAGUUGGUGGACAGUCGUCAUCAUCAAGGAUGGAUACUCAAUUGGUUGAUGAUUCUGAUGACGAUUUUGAGGCUCCUCCUCCACCAAGAUCUGCCGUGCGGGGUCGUCACUCUGUCAGCCACACGGGUGGUACAGGAGAAGAUAUCGGUCUCAGCGAUCAACAAUCUCCACCUCGGUCUUCUGUGAGAGACGACUUUUUUGAUGUUGAUUUAGAGAAUGCUGUCGUUGAAGAUACUCCUCCGUCCAGAAUCCCUAAGACCAGUAUCGGGAAGGGAAUCCGUAGUUUGUUUAUGCGGAAAAGGCGAGACGAGUGAUUUUUAUUGGUGUUGGUUGUAAUUUGAUACAUUCUAUAUAAAUUGGUGUUUUUUUAUUGAUUUGACCGCUUCAUAUUAGUAAUUUGAUAUAUUCUAUUGAUAUUGGUGGUUUUCAUUGAUUUCCCGUAUUUAUAUUGUAAGUUGAUAAAUGCGCGGUUUUUAUAUUAGAUAAUUGGGCUAUUUGCAAACACGCCAUUCAAGAUGGCGUUUUUAAGUUGGUAAAUAAAUUGUGCAAAUUUUGCACACGCCGUGGCUGAGCUACUGAACAAACA